AUGACGGUUUAUGUGUUUAAGGGAAACUGUGACUCCCCUCUGCCUCCAACUCUCCGUCCAACAGAAUCCGGCAGCGCUCUCUUUGUCAAGAAAGUCUACACAGCGAGUGGCUCAUCAGGCGUCUUUACGUACAACAUCGUCCACGAGUCCAGCAAGGAGGUCAAAGGCCAAUUGGCCGUCAUGUUCGCAGUUCCCUAUGACUUCAACAUCUUCUGCAACUGGUACGCUGUGGGAAUCUUCAUCAAAGAAAAGACGUGCAGUAACGAUCUCUAUCAGGAAAUGUACUAUGGUGUCCAGCACAGCUUCGUUCGAGGAAAAGCUAAUGGGCCCAGUUUAACCCACAAGGGGGAUGAAGUUACCAUCAGGGGCAGCAUGUCCGACAGCUUCAAGCCGGUUCUGAAGUUGGAGCUCUGCGACGACUGA